AAAGGAAAAAUCAUUUGGAUAAUCAUCCAACAACUAGAGCGAGAAAGAGAGAUAGAGAGAGAGGUAGCUACGCGCACAGAAUCGAAUCCCCAGCUCUGAUGAUCAAAUCGCUCUGAGGCACGCACGGAGAGAGACGACGAAGAAGAAGAAGAAGAGGAAGAAGCAUCAUUGGGGUUUGAUCAGAGACAUAGCCACCCCCACCCCAUCUUGUCGGCUUGCGAAAACCCUUCCUUUUUUUUUCCCCUGUCGGUUCCUGGGUUUCGGCCUCCUCUUCCCCCUUCCCCCGCGCUGUAGCCUCCGCCGUGUUGUGUUGUGAAACCCCUUCCAAUGGCUUCUCCGUCCGUGGCGGCUUCGCUCCUCCUCGUCUGCAUCGGCGCGCUGUCUCCCCUGGUGCAGCUCGCGUCGUCGGAAUCGGCCUCCGUUUGCCCGAGGGAACCUUCGCCUUUCUUGAUCAGCUUGCAAUCGCAGUGCUCUGGCUCGAUCUCGCCUUCUCCGCCUCUCCAGGUGGAUGGGAACUUCCUUGAUAGAUUUCUGACGUCGGAACAGCAUAGUGGAUAUACUGCUGUACUUUUCUAUGCUUCAUGGUGCCCGUUUUCCCAGUCUAUAUGGCCUGCAUAUGAAGCCCUAAGCUCCAUGUUCCCUCAAAUAGAUCAUUUGGUAGUCGAGCAAUCUUUAGCUAUGCCAAGUGUAUUUUCAAUAUAUGGGAUCCGCAGCUUGCCAUCUAUAUUAUUGCUGAAUCAGACUUCAAGGUUGCAAUACAGUGGUCCAAAAACUCUCGACUCCCUUGUGGAAUUUUACGAGACACACACAGGCCUUCGACCUGUACAAUCUGUCAUGGUAGAGCAGCCAGCAAGUCUUCAGACUCGUGAAAGUUCCAGAACACGGUUCGAGGAUAUGUUAUCGAUGAAGAACAUAAGAAGGGAACCGUAUCUGGCUCUCUCGCUGUUGUUUGCCUGUUUGAGACUGCUCAUGGCCAUAUUCCCUAAAGUUGUCUCUUGUUUGAAAGCUUUCUGUGUCUCGUACGUUCCUCAUCUAAACUUGGAAAUAUUUGGCGAGGCAACUCACUUAUUGGGGCGCGCGGUUCAUGCCAUUGACGUGAGGAGGAUUUGGACAAAAGUGAGACUUGGCAAAGCCAGGAGCUUUCACGAAAGGGCAAAGAGCGCCCGGGUCUGGGCUUCUUCGCUGGCUUCCGUCUCGUUGGGCGAAUCCUCAUCAGCUAGAUCAUUGUCAUCCUAAAACGCUGAAUUCGCACCUCCAUAUGCCAGAGGGUGGACGAGAAAUCUAACUAGAAUGCUACAAACUACUUAGAUGCUCUGCGCCAGGUUGUUUCACUUUCUCACUUUCGAUGUAAUAUCUGUAAGUGGAGUGGAGAUUUUACUGU